AUGUCUUAUUAUGGGUACCAGUACAAGCAGCAGUGCUAUAUCCCAAGCGGGGUGAAGUGCGGCACACCGGUCCUCACACCCUGCCACAACCCUGGUGUGGUGAAGUGCACCACGCCAGUCUUCACACCCUGCCACAACCCCGGUGUGGUGAAGUGCUCAUCGUGCACAUCAUGCGCUCCCAAAGGCGCCCAGAUGUGCGCUGUGAGGAAGACCGUGCAGAGCAUCCCCAAGUGCUCCACGCCGUGCUCAUCGCAGUGCGUUAAGACACAAGUUGUGGAAGGUCACUCUUCCUGCUGCAGCCCAACGUGUCCUGCUCCGUGCACCAUGGCUUUCCCUCAGCCCCUCAUGCAGGGCAGGGGACACCUCUGCGUGCCACACUGUGGACAGCCGAGCAUGAGAUGCCCUCAGACGUGUGCUCCAGCCCAAAUGUACCAACACGGCUCCUGCCCUUACUCAUACCAGUGGUCCAACAGCUACCAGUACAACUGUGGGCAGCAAUAA